AAGACAGGUAAACAGCUGGCCCGGUCUUCUUUGGCCCAGACCGAUCCGAGCCUGGCUUUCGGUAUAAAAGUGCCGGCCCAUCUGGCAAUGGUCAUCAUUCAGCUUCAGCGUCUCACGACCAGAGCUUACCAAAGCAAAUCCAACGAACUUUAAAAGCCAUCCAGCAAAUCAACAACAAUGAAACUUUUCGUCUUCGCUGUGUGCGCCAUCGCCGUGGCCUCCGCCGAUGUGUCCCACCUCAACCUGGGCGGUGGCAGCGGCAGCGGCAGCGGCUACAGCUACAACAAGCCCACGCCGACCUUCAACAUCCCCUCGGCCCCGGCUCCGGCCUACUUGCCCCCCGCCCAGGAGUUCAUCUCUGCGCCCGCCCCAGCUCCGGUGUACUCUGCUCCGGCUCCUGCUCCGAUCUACUCCGCACCAGCCCCCGCACCAGUCUAUUCCGCACCAGCACCCGCUCCCGUUUACUCCGCCCCUGCUCCCGUUCCCGAGUACCUGCCCCCUGUCCAGGACAUCCCGGCGCCAGCUCCAGUCUACUCGGCUCCGGCUCCAGCUCCAGUCUACUCCGCUCCUGCGCCCGCACCAGUUUACUCUGCUCCUGCUCCAGUCCCGGAGUACCUGCCCCCCGUCCAGGACAUCCCUGCACCCGCUCCAGUUUACUCCGCUCCCGCACCAGCUCCAGUUUACUCCGCUCCUGCACCCGCUCCAGUUUACUCCGCUCCUGCGCCUGCUCCUGUCUACUCUGCCCCUGCUCCAGUUCCUGAGUACCUGCCCCCCGUCCAGGACAUCCCUGCUCCAGCCCCUGUGUACUCGGCUCCUGCUCCAGCUCCAGUUUACUCCGCUCCUGCGCCCGCUCCAGUUUACUCCGCUCCUGCACCAGCUCCAGUUUACUCCGCCCCUGCGCCCGCUCCCGUUUACUCCGCCCCUGCUCCCGUUCCCGAGUACCUGCCCCCCGUGCAGGACAUCCCUGCCCCAGCUCCAGUCUACUCGGCUCCAGCGCCCGCUCCGGUCUACUCCGCCCCUGCUCCCGCUCCUGUUUACUCUGCCCCAGCUCCAGCUCCCGUGGAGUCGGGCUACCAGUACAACGUGCCCGCUAAGCGCUUCCGCUUCUAAAAGGGCAGCAGGUGGACUCCAAAGAACGCCAGGGCCAUUCGCGCGGUGACAGCUUGUUAAAUUAACAAGCGACGUCGCCCAUUGUUGUUGAAUAUUUGUUGUUACGCAAAGUUCCCGUUGAGAUUUUAGCCAUAAAUAAACAUAAAAAUAUUAAAAUGUAAA